AUGGACACAUCAUUGAAGUCAGAGGAACCGUGUGCUAACCCUCCUCCCUACUUCCUACCAGUCCAGGGUAAAGGAGAUGACAUGAGGAUCUCUCCCUUCACUCCUCCUCCACCUGGUGCUAUGGGUGGUAGCUUCAUCAACCAGACCGCUACUGGUGGUGCUAGCCCCCCGAGGCAGAGGUUUGUCCAGCACUAUGAGACAGAGCUGGGUGAUUCUCCUGGUCUCAUCAGAUGUCCUUCCUGUCAGAACCAGGUGAUGAGUGAUGUCACUCACCACUCUGGAACCUUCUGCUGGACCAUGUGUCUGGUGUUCAUCCUCUGUGGGCUGCUGCUGGGAUGCUGUCUGAUCCCCUUUGUCUUCAAGAGUUUCAAGGAUGCCCAUCACACCUGCCCUCGCUGUCGCAUGGUCCUUCACAUCCACAGGAAGAGCUGUUGCCCCAUGAGCUCUGAACCCUCCUCCCUGACCCCCCGCCUAGGGUCAGGGCACCCCGGUCACGCCUGAUAUGGAGGGGGGUGGUGUG